CGUAGUACGUCGCCGUCGUCGUCGUCGUCGUCGUUCUCGUCAUCUACGUCGUCGUCGCCGUCGUCGUCGUCGCCGUGUUGCUGUAACGUCCAGGUCGCGCGUGUCUCAUCAUCAGCGGUUUGUACCGGCUUUAAGCUUCGGCGACGUUUGACAUUUCCGGAUUGUCGGAAACAUCGGAAACGCAUCGCGCGCGCGGAGGAAAAGCAGAGAAGGAAGAGGCGAAGGAGAGAUAUAGUGAGAAUUACAGAAAAGAAGCAAGGGGAGAGAGAGAGAGAGAGAGAAAGAGAGAAAGCGGUAGCGCGUGUGGAGCUAAAAAACGGAAGAGUCGUGUGAUCGGGGAAAGCUGAUUAUGAGUUGGAACAUUACAACGGCAAGUCAGCAACGCACACUCAAGCCGGCUAACGUGUGAGAGAGAGAAAGAGAGAAAGAGAGAGAGAGAAAGAGAGAGAGAAAAGAGAGCGAGAGAGCGGUCGUUUUAUUCAUUCGCGAUACACUUGCACGGAUACCAAACACCGUUGUCCGUGCGCGAAUCGUGCCCGCGAAAUCAUACCGGGAUUUUACAGUAAAGUGAGAGCACACGAGUCAGACACAGUUACGGAGCAGUGGUGUUCGACAUACUCGCAGAAAUUGCGAGAUAUACAUAUAAGUGUCCAGUAAAAAUUUCCACACUUGGUGUUUUGUUGACAGUGAGAGGAGUACGAAACCGACUUCGAAGAGGAGGCUAACGCACGAGAGAGUUAUUCGCUUUCAUCGACGAUCGGAGCAUCCUUGCGUCAAGGUGAUCGAUAUCAAGAUCGUGACUGAAUCCUUCGCGUGUUCCGGAGCAAGAACAGCAGGAACCGGAGUUCGACCGCGCGGGAGGAGCCAGCAGCACACCGAAUAAAUGACGUAAAUCCGAGGAACGGAAGCGCAACGUCACUCGCUAACUCGCAAUCCUCUCCUUCCCCCGGCCCCCCCCCGUCCUGGCCCCUAUCUCCCCCCCCCUCCCCCCCGGGAAACCCCUCCUCUUUCUGUCUCGCCAUUUCCGCGCCUUCUCCUCUCUGCCACCCUUGGAACCCCCCCUCUUCUAUUCGGGUCCGACCCCGACACGACCCGACGCCCAGACGCGACCCGGCUGCCGGACCUUUGCUCUCUCUUGUCGCCUCUACGCCCGCUUUGUCGCCCGCCGUCUUCACGUGCUUACAACACCACUCUCUUACCGCCCCUGUACGCCGACGUCUCCACGUUACCACUCUCUUCGCACGCUUCUUCUUCAGCGUCCACAUCCGUCGCCUCCUCCUCUUCCAGUGUCCUAUCUUCGGAAUUCUGAAAUAACCGACUCGCGCGCCACCGUUCCUCCCGAUCCCGGCAGGACGGCGCGUAAGGGUUUCCUCCACCUUUCCACGCACGGAACGGCCCUUCGUUCUCCCCCCACCUUCUUCUCUUACUUCAUCAGAAGCAUCGGCGUGGUGAACACGGUCCUGCACCAGCUCCUCCGCUGUACGAGUACCACCACCGUCCCGCUCCUUCCAGUAGACUCGCCACCGCGAGACACACGCGUUGGUUUGAAACCGGCUUGAAGGACGACCGGCUUUUCGAGACACGCAUACGUAGGCAAACACAUAUACACACACGCGCGCGCCCAUACACUCUCAGCGGCGACCAACUGCAGCCUGUGUGUAUAAAAGAAGAGAGAUACUCGUACAAAAGCCCUAGAGAGCACACUCCUUCUGGUCGACGUUUAGCUUCGAAGGCUUUCAAGCUUUGCUCGACUACUACCACUACUACAGCCCCGACUACAGCUUCUCGAGUGUGGCGCGUUGUAAGAUCGACAGAGGACAAAGGAAGUAAAGUAAACGAGGAGUCGAUAGAUGAGAUUGACAACCUUUGCCAUCGCCUUAUCACGGAGCCAGAAGUAGCGGCCAUCUCGCCAUCUCGCCUAAACCGAUCGGGGCCGUCCGAGCCUAAUCGCUGUCGAUAUAUAGCUUUACCUCUUCGCUUUUUCUCCGGUGAGAGAUAUCUCUCCAUCCUAUUCCCCGCCUGUGUACAUCCGCUUUCACACCUCGAAAAUAAUCGAGCAGGAAACGCGUGUGCCAUCGUGUGCUCCUUUAUACACGGCCUACGAGAGCAAAGAAUCUCGCAAAAUCGCUAAACAUCGACGACGACGCCUAAUAAGCUCGCCGCACUCCUUUGAUUAAUUCGCCGCGACACGAAAUCGAUAUCGGGCGAGGGAGAGUGAGAGAGAGAGUAGCGAUAAGCCACGCUCGAAAUAGCCAACACCACUGAUAAACGCGAAUCUCUGCGCGACAACGAUUUGCCGAUAUAACGUGCAACAACAACGACGACAGUAUUCAAGCGCGUUUUCAAAGUGACGAAGAUCGCGCGACGCGGUGAGUUUUCACACGGAAGAUCUACGCACAGCAAGACAGCCGCGGGUCGCUAGACGCGUUCAUGGGAUGUUAAGAUCAUCACAUCGCGCUGGAACGGAAGAUCUUCUGUCGUAAGUAAGAUCAGUCAACGCGAGUGCACGUAACCGGGGAAGAAGGAGCCGAGGAACAGUUUAGAAAGGAAGGAGAGGAACAUUGGUGGUGAAAUCGGUGAUAGAGACUACUCUCUCACGGUAGAGGCCAGCGAACGCGGAUUUUCAGUCUUCCAGGAGUGGAAGAAUGGCAAUGGCAAUGAGUAGCCUACUAAACGGCAAGGACUCGCGGUGGCUGCAACUGGAGGUUUGCAGGGAGUUCCAGCGCAACAAGUGCACCAGGCCCGACACAGAGUGCAAGUUCGCCCAUCCGCCAGCUAACGUCGAGGUGCAGAACGGACGGGUCACCGCCUGCUACGACAGUAUCAAGGGUCGGUGUAAUCGUGAGAAGCCACCUUGCAAGUAUUUCCAUCCCCCACAGCACCUGAAGGACCAACUCCUGAUAAACGGGCGCAACCACCUAGCCCUGAAAAACGCGUUGAUGCAGCAGAUUCAGCAGGGUCUCACGCCGGGUCAGCCUCUGGUGCCCGGCCAGGUACCCACAGUGGAGGCACCAGCACCUCCGGCACCACACCAUCACCUUCAACAGCAAAUCCAGCAGCAACUUCUCGCUACCCACGCCUUUAUGGCGACGAAUCCGUACCUGACCGGUAUGCCGCAGGUUGGCAAUACAUACAGCCCGUACUUCGCGCCCAGUCCAAUAAUGCCGGCGAUAAUGGGCCCGGCGGACCCAACGGGUGUCGGCAGUCCGCUCGGCGUAGUACCGCAGACAGUGGCGAUGCCGCAGAAGAUGCCACGUACCGACCGCCUCGAGGUAUGUCGCGAGUUUCAACGCGGGGCGUGCAAACGCGGCGAGACGGAGUGCCGGUUUGCGCACCCCCUCGAGACGGUGCAGGCGAACGAGGACGGCUCUGUGACGGUCUGCAUGGACGCUGUCAAGGGCCGAUGCAAUCGGGACCCCUGCCGCUAUUUCCACCCCCCUCUGCACCUUCAAGCCCACAUUAAGGCCGCACAAUCUCGGGCUAGCAUUGCGACGGCGACGAUGCCGACGAACGUAACGGGAAUGAGUGCGUUGGCUGGCGGAGUAUCAGGAGUGCCGGCAGCUGCGAUGCCCGGAGGACUUCAAAGCGCCGGUAUGGCGAGUCUCGAGCUCGGCAAGAAGCGGAUGCGCGACUCCAAUGAUGAUCUGCUAAUGAUGGACAUGAAGUCUGUCGGGUCGUUCUACUACGAGAACUUUGCCUUCCCAGGGAUGGUUCCGUAUAAACGACCGGCGGCCGACAAAUCCGGCGUGCCGGUCUAUCAGCCUACCGGCGCGACGACCUAUCAGCAGUUAAUGCAGCUGCAGCAGCCGUUCGUGCCUGUGUCAUGUGAGUACACUGGAACACCACCCCUACCCACCCAAACCUCUAACCAAUCGGUCGUGCAACCCCCGAACGUGCUAAACAACCACCACGCGAUGGUGGUGCAGUCCUCCUCCUCCCAGGGAGCUGCUGGCGCUACAGUCAAUAACUGCGCCGACGCCAACAAUGGCGUGCUGAUGGAUCCUUGCAACAAUCCGCCACCGCCUCCUCCGACCGCUGACAAUAACAGUAACAAUAGUAACGGCAAUAACAAGCAGCCGGUUACAACGCAAAAUCACGAUGCCGAAAAUGCGCGCAACUCCCCCGAAUUGAAUCACUCGAGUCCCUCGUCAUUACAACAGCAACAGCAUCAGCAACAGCAGCAGCAGCAGCAGCAGCAGCAGCAGCAGCAGCAGCAGCAGCAGCAGCAGCAACAGCAACAACAACAGCAGCAGCAGCAUCAGCAUCAGCAUCAGCAACAGCAGAUGCAGCAUCAACAACAGCAGCAACUCAGCCAGUUGACGCUACCAUCAGCGAUGAGUCCAUUGACCUCUAUGGCCGGCCUGACCUCAGUGCCCAACAUGAUGAACAUGGUUUCUAUGGCUUCCAUGGCUUCCAUGGCGAAUAUACCAUCGAUAACAAGCAUGACUUCCAUGGGCAAUUAUAACACAGCCUCGAAUAUGGCAAGUCUAAACAUGCUCAAUAGUCUCGGGAUGACUUCCGGGAUACCAGCUUCUUUCGACCCCGCAACUCUCGCCAAAGAGGUUGCUCAAAAGAACUACGCCAAGGCUCUCAAGUUCUCGCAGACCUCCCAGCCUUACGGCAUCAGCCAACUUGCCGCGUUGAAUUACACCGGUGUCGCUCUGAACAAACAGAACCUCAUGAAUCCCACCGCGGCGGCUGCCGCUGGGAAUCCCGCGGUGGCGGCAGCUAGUCUGCAAGCCACUGCGGCGACUCCCAGACCCGUCAUCUCGAGUCUGGCCGGUAUCCCGGGCGCUUUGACCUCACCGCUGUCCGCGGGCAUCCUGGCGUACUCCAGACCGCCGCCCACGGCGACCCCCAUAAAUCCCUAUUCUCUGAUCAGACAGCAGAUCUUGCCGAAUCCAUACCAUGUCCAGGCGUCGAUACCGACUAUGCCCGGCGCCGGGACCGUACAGACCACACCCUACGUCCAGAAUCCAUAUGCCGUUCUACCCGGAGUCGCCAGCGUACCCGGAGUAGCGGCUGGCGUCGCAGCCGCGGCCGCGGCCGCGGGUGUAUCGGCUGUUCCACAAAUGCCGCAGAUGGGCAAUCCGGCGACGAUAGCGGCGCAGCCGCAGGUGGCGAUCCCCGUUAGCUCCGGAGUGAUCAUGCAACCGUACAAGAAGAUGAAGACGUCGUAAAGAUCCUCGCCUCUUCGGCUCGGCUGAAAACUCGUGUCUCUGUUCGGAAGAGUGCUUUUUCUCUCCCUUUAAGCACUUUCCGUUCUCUCCCUCGCGAGAACGAGCGAACGAUCGCGAGAUAGUAUAAAUAACGAACGUCAUUACCGCGAAUUACCAUGAUUUUACCAUUUUAGAUAAUUCUAGAGUAUCUUUACGGUUAACGAACGAUGGAUCGCUAACCGUAAAAUAAUAGUUACGUUUCGAAUAGAAUUUCGUGAUUAUAUUUUCGUAGAGUAGUUUAGUGUCAAAUUAAUACUGUCAAAUUAAAUGGGACGGUAGUUAAUCGUGGUUCUUGCUUUUUUAGAUUAAUAAAAUACAUGAAAUCUACGAUUUUUUAUCUAACAAAUAAAUAUUGAUACAUUUACAUAAUUAAAUGGGAAUUAAUCCUAGAAUGUUAUAAUUUCCGAACAGAACUGCACAGCGGAGUUCAAUAUAUAAACUCUCUUUUCAUAUAUUAUUAUUUAAUUAUCUUUUAUAUCUCUUGUGAUAAAAGUAAUAUAUACAUUCUUUGUAAUUUCACAAAAUAUCGAAUUGCAAUUUGUUAGCUUUAAUUUUUUAUUCGAUAUUACUAAAAAUUAUCGCGCGCGUUAGAUUCAUCGACUACAUCGGUGAUAUAAUAGGAAACGUCGAAAGACAAAAGUGCAGUUCUAAGAUUAAUCUCCAUUGCCGGUGCUCAAGAAGCAAGAAAUCAUCGAUCCUCGUUCGCGAGAGGGACAGAAUGUUUAGCUGAGCGAUUGCGAGGCGAGAGGUGAGAUGCUGGUAUAAAAAAAAAAGAAAAAAGAAAAAAGAAAAACAAGUUCCAAAAAUAGAUUCAUUUUCUAGUCAGACAUUGUCGGUGAACAGUGCCUUAUUGACCCGAUUCCUUUUGGAGCGUUUUGAGCAUACAACUGUGAAAGAGAAGAUGAAUAACGCGAGAAAGUACGGAAUUUUUUCCCAUCAUAUUACCUACUUGCUCGCGAAUGACUAAGGGAAGAGACGUAACUACAGUUCCGAUUUUGUUUCUGUUGAAAUGAAUAUGGAACAACUUGCCGAUUAAAAUCAUGGAAAAGUCUGCGAAAAAUCGACACGUGGUUGAAACCGCGUAAUGUAUUAAUUGAUUAAUACAUUAACCGUCUAUUUUAUUAUUUCUUUUUUUUUAAUUAAUGGCAAAUUUGCCAUUUUGUAUUUCAUAGAGAUAGUUUAGCUUUAUCCAUAAUUAGCGUUAUUUUACUGAAGAGAUCUAUUCAAAGUUAUGUGUCGUUGCGUGACUCCGUUUUGUUUUUUCUUUUAAUAGGAUAAAUUGUAAAUAAGUCAAUUUGCACCGCCAGAUCGGUGCCGCAAUAUUUUUUAUUUCGGAACUACAAAUUUCUAUGUUAUAGUCAUUCGUCCAAAUUUUAACGUAACGUCCGCUGCAAGCAAAAUGAAAACGACACUCGGCCUAUGUCACGUUAUGUGCGAUACUUGCCUUUUAAGUCCGUAGUGCUAAUUAGCGUUCGUGGUCUUGAAAUUUAUAAUUAUGCGGAGUUAGUUUAUUUUAUUAAACCUCGAUUUGCUUGUUUAUAUAUUAUAAUAUGUUAUAAUAAUGUGUUCGAAAUUUUAUUUGCUCGCGUAUCGUGGAGCGAGGUUAAAUAAUCGCGCAAAUCAGAUUGUCGUACUUUAGCGUCGUAGCACAUAAAAAAAAAAGAAAUUUUUCUUCGUUAUCACAUAAUGUCGGGUAUAUACGAUGUCUGGAUUACAUAAGGCUAAUGCCGUGAUAUUUGUUAAUAUUUAGAUAGUUGUUUUAAAAGUUUUAUUGAUUUGACCUGUCUUCUUUCGUUUAGAUUAAGAAUAUAUUAUGCCUAUACGAUAACGUAUGUUUCCUAGAAAUACCUUGCACAUCGACGAGUAAACUCGGCUGGAAGGUGCGCCGCUUCCGGCGGGACCUUAGUUGUCCUAUUAUAGUAUACGUAGAAUUUAGCAUAGGUUUUUGUUUCGCUUACCGUAUCUAUUAACUUUAAUGUAUAAGCGUGCUCGAACAUAACAUACUCUUCUGUCCUUAUGGAUUCAAUUCGGGGGAGUCUGUUGCACACAGUGAACUUCGUCAAUUGCGACCUACGAGCUUAUGCAUUUAACCGAAUGAGAAAAGUGCGGCAAAAAAUGAGAUGAGAAAGAAAGAGAUUCACGGACACGCGAAUACGUGCGUGGAAUUCAAGGGAGAAAGAGGAGAGAGAAUGAAAGUGAUCGGUCUAACUUUCGGGGCGGUUAGACGGGAGGAGAAACGUCUCGUCGAUCACCCUUCGAGGGUGAAAGGAAAACGAGUUCACAUGCGCAUCGUGGUACACGACCGCACAAACAUUACACACACACACACACACACACACCCACAUACACGACUUAUAUGAUAGACACUGUGUAUAUUUUUAUUAACUUGCGCGUAUAGCGGCAAGAGAGAAAAGCGGUCGCGCGGUAUUGAGAGAAGAUUCGUACACGUUUUGCGAAAACACGCGGAACCAUUCGUAUUCACGCAGAGACCUACUUUUCUCUCUUCCGUGUGUCCGCACUCACGUGUCUGCCAGUGAUUUGAAAGUUUAUUUAAGUUGGAAUGUAUAGUUAAACAUGCAUAUAUAUAUGUACGUAUGUAUAUGUAUAUAUGUGUUUGUAAAUAAUUUUUCUUUAUAUACAAAACGAAAUUGAGAGAAGGAUAUCUGUUGUAUGUGUUAGAGUUAUAUAUACAUGUGCGGAGAGCACUCGCUGGCACGUAUGGUGGAAAAUAAACGAAACGGCUGGUCGUAUCGUAAUUUUCGCGAACUGGAAAACCGAGCGAACGAAUUGUACGGCGGUAGAAAUUUGUGUACACGAAAACGCGGAAGAAUAGAGUGGAAUAAGGUAUUUCCGAGGAUUCUGGCACGUACGCAAACGAAAUUUACUUUCAGCGAACCAUCGCUCUGCGUGAAAUUUAUAAUAUAUCUAUUUCAAAUCGUAAAAGUAUAAUUUUAAUCUUGUCUCUAGUCGUAACGCCGCGAAUUGCAAUAACUAAGAAAUUUAUUUGGAUUCCAUCAUUGCAUCUCUUUUCGCGACAAGCGCGGCUUGAGAAAGAGAGCGGAUGUGUGAUAUGACAAAGCAGUACAUAUACUUCUUCAAUUCCUCUGAUUCUUCCGCGACAUUAGAGACAAUUUCUUCCCAAUGGCACCUACGCAGAAUACGCACAAAACUGUAGAGCGCGAAGUCAUCUUAAUGAUUCUAGAGUGGCGAUUCUUAGCCCGUAGUGUACGAAACAUUAACUUAUAGACAUCAAACCAUAAAAUGUGGAGGGCAUAUAUAGUAAAAAAGAAAAAAGGAAAAACAGUUUGCUGUAAAUCUCAAUGAAAAAUAUCUCUCGAUUACUCACUUAUCGUUCCUUACGUCACAAUAAUCUCUUUAACUUCGCAUUUAGAAAAGAUUAACAUAGCAUAUUUUUAUGAUACUCGAAUUGUUAAUAUACAGAUAUUUCUUCCAUUGCUUCAAACUAUCUAUCUGGUUAAAAACUAAGUCUUCAUAGAGUCGUUUAUUUAAUAAUAAAUAUAUUAUAUAAAUAUAUUAUAUAAAUAUAUAAAUUUAUUAUAUAAUAAACUGAUCAGCAAACUGAUCAAUGUAUUUUAAACUCUGAUUCAUAUAUUCGUAAUCUACUAUUUUACGAUUAAUGCAAGAAACGUCGAGUUUUAUUUGCUUUGACACUGAGAGUAGAUUCUCAAUGAGAUCUGUAAAUCAGUGAAGAUUAUAAAUCACUGCUCUAGAGUCAGAAUCGAGAAUUCUCAAGGGUACCAUGGUCUUCCAUAACGAACGCCACGAGAAAAUUGUUGGUAGCAAACAGUGUUUCGUACUAGUGAGAGCGGGGGAAUUUAUUGUCUCGGGGGAAGAAAUUGUUUCUAGCCUUACGACGAACGCGCUAUGAGCGAUUCUUUGUGAUAAUAUGUAAUGUAUUACACUUAUACGUACACUUGUACACGCACACACUACUCUUGCAUGCGUUGAAAUAUAGUAAGAAUUAGCCCUUUCAGUGCCUUGUAUGGCGUCAAUCUAGUAGACGUUAUGGUACAUUUGACGCCGUACGCCAUUGCCAUCGGCGCUAAAGGGCUCGAGAGGAUGACGAUGCACACGGUCAUCCGUGAACAAAGUCUUAACGGCCUUCGACAAGCCGGAGAUUUGGCGAUGAUACGCGAUCAAGUUUUGUAUUCGACUUGAUUUAACGUUUAUAUAAGGUCCGACUUUUAAAUAGAGGAUAGUGACGGUAGGAUCGAGCCUGAAAUACCGACUACGGACCGACACUCUUAGGGUUCCUCAACAUGAUGUCUACAAGUUAUAUACAUACAUUAACGAGAGGGUGGCUGGUUUUUUUUUUAAAUUCACACCGAGAGCCCGGAAUCGCAUUCUUGGCUCGACGCGUCGAUCCGUGAGAUCGAUUGUCGUCGUCGCAUUGUUGCAAUGUAGCAAAGUGUUUCCUUGGAACUGUGAUUAUUUUAUCGCAAGGCUACUACGUACUUCCAUAAAAAGAAUGUUGGUUAUAUUUUACUAGAGGCGAAAGUAUUCUUUUAAAGAGUAUGUAUUAACGUAGCGUCUUGUACGGAUAAUGAUGAAGAGAAAUGUGAAAUGCAAUGCCGCGUUUUCGGUGUGACAUCGGCUUAAAAACAGCGGAAGUGCCUUCCCCUUGCACUCUAUACACCACUGCACACAGAAGACACGUAUACAACAAAUACCUACCUACCUACAUUAUUUAAACUCGCGACACGAGAAAGAAGCACUAUGAUAAAGAAAAAAAAAAAACUUACACUAUAUACGAUUAUAUUUAUAUACCCUUAUUAAAAUAAAUUACAUAUAUAUAUAUACACGUAUUGUCGCUGUUGCAUAUAAGUUAACGCGAUGCAACGAAGGGAAGGAAAGAGAACAUAACUUCGCAAGAUUAACUGAUUACACAUACGGGAGAUUAUUUUGCGGACUAUGUAUGUGUAUAUAUACACAGGAACGACACAUACACAUGUUCGAGUACAUUAUUACGAUGAGAAAGAGAAACGUUUUACGGCAUAAACUAUACACGCAUACAGAUAGUAUUUAUUAUUGUGUACUGUACUGUCUCUAAUUCUUCAUUGUACAUUAUUAUACAUAUAUGUAUGUAAACAUAUAUAUAUCUAUAUAUAUAUACACACACAUACCCAAAUUCACACAUAUGUAUAAUAUUGAUAUAUCGAGAGUACAUUACGCACGACCCCGGAAAUGCAGAUGCAAAAAGAAGUACGACGUAUCCUUAACAAAUUGUAUGCGCGAGCGCGCAAGUCUACUCGAGUUGUCCGAAGUUUCCUCGUAUCAUCACCGUGUUGUGUGUACUCGCGUUUAUAUGUGUGCGCCGAUACAUCAGGAUUAAUACGUCGUCCUCGCGCGAGCCACGGCGAAAACAGCUGAUGAUGAAACGCGAAACAGCUUGCGCCGACUCUCGAGAUAAAGAGAUGUAGUCGAUCUCGCAGUCUCGAAUGCGUUUUUGCGCGUGCACGCUCACGGGGUUUGUCAAGGAGUCAGCCAGUAUUUGUAAUAAUAAUGCUUGAGAAAUGCAUGAAUAUUUGUUUUAUUAAUGCUUCUUCUUAUUUCAUCUCUUUCUAUGAUAAAAGAAAAGUGAAACAGAACUUCCCGAUACUCGCUAAUCCCUUGUAAUAUUUAUAUUUAUAUAUACAUAUUAUAUAUAUACUUGUGUAUUAUUCGAUAUUGCGCCCAUUAUUGCUCACAGUCUUAGCCUCGCUUCCUGCUUCCCUCGUUUUUAAUUUCCUCUCAUUCGGAAUCUGUUCAAUUCGGUGCUUGUAUUAUCAUCACUUUCUUUCUCCUUCUUUCUCCUGCAUAUUUUUUUCCUUAAUUUUUAUUAUCAUUUCUUUUCGGUUAUCAUUGUUUGCAUACCCGCUGCGAUCGGUGUUCUGCGAUUCGGCGAAUGUUCGCACGAAUUAGACACCACGCCGAUCGCCUAAUACAUUCACGAUAAUUUCUACAUUUUUUCCCGCUGACGUCCUUUAACAAAGUGUCCCUUUAUUGUUGCGUGCCCUCGGCGGAAUUCCUGCCGUUGUUGAAUCCGCGUCCACAAACUGUUGCGAAUUUCUCUUGCUAUGAUUCGCGGCUUUUCUUACCGCCGAGAGCACGUAAGUCACACCAAGCACGCGGGUCCUCUCUAAGACCACGUAGAUGUUAGCCGCUUUUACUAUGGCGAACACCGUAAAAGAGUGCCGUACGACUCACGACUCUUCUUCUCGUCUUCUUAGAUUGCUUCCUCCUCCCUUUCCCUAUAAUCUUCACGUUCUCCCGAUUCCGCCCUCACGGCUUUUGCCGCGCUUUAAUUGCGACAUCCUUAAGGCACGGAGAAGAUGUAUCUGAACGUAUUAAUAUAUUCUCCCCGAUCACACCCUGGCCUCUCCAUCCUGUUAUUCUAUACAAUCGCCACAUCAAGCUCCGUUCCUCGGCAAAAGUGGUUGAUCGUCACCGAGAAGAAGGUCGGUGCUCUUAUCGCGUUUUAUCGUGCUCUCGCGAGUCGUUUAUUUCGAACGUGGCGUGAGAUCAAUUUCGAGAUACAAAUGAUGAUAACAAUUUCUACUUGUGUUUUCGGUCGCUAAUUUUAUGCUUAAAGUACGAUUAGACUUGUGAAAUAAUUUUUUAAUUAGACACUCGAAAUUACUUAUGCUACUUUCGUAGUAUACGGCUUCUCUAUGUUUUCGGGAGACGAUUAAAAAUUUUGGAUUAAAGAAUAGACACGAGAAUUGUUCAAAAUAAAGUUAUUAUUCCGACAUUGGUAAUUAAAGCAUGUGAUGUAA